AAAAAUAAAAGAAACCACAACAAAUGGUGAGCGUUCAAUCUCGUUACACCGUGUUACCCUCCCAACCCACCCCGAACCAGAAACUCUUCUCCCUGUGCGAACAAAUCAAGCUUCGCACUCACGCGCCUCUUCUCUACGUGUACAAGCCACGCCCCCAUCACGAUGCAUCCACCAUGGUUAACACCCUAAGGCACUCUCUUAGCCAAGCAUUGACCAUCUAUUACCCACUCGCGGGUAGGUUGAGUUCGGUCGAAGGUGGAAGAUGGGAGCUUCAUUGCAAUGCAAAAGGAGCACAACUCAUGGAAGCCAUUUGUAAAGAUUUGAAUUUGGAUGAUUUAGGUGAUUUUGUGCCUGCUAAGUUGGUGUCACAACUCAUACCCAACAUUGAUUAUUACAACGUUCCAAUUGAGGACACACCCUUGUUGGUUGUGCAACUUACGAGGUUCUCCUGUGGUGGGGUUACAAUGGGGGUGGCUUUAUGUCGUGGGGUAAUCGAUGGAACCGCAACCAUGCGGUUCAUGACCACGUGGGCUAAGUUGGCUAGGAAGGAAAAUUUGAACCACGUGGAGAUAAAUCCAUUGCAUGAUCGAAAUUUGUUGAACUCGUACAAGCUUCAUUCGGGGUUGUACGAUCAUUCGGAGUUUGAAACUCCUCCUCCUUGGUUAGGUCCAUUAGGAGGUAGAGGUAGAGACACAGAUUUUGUAGUCGAAAUAGUGAAGCUCACGGAUGAACAAGUGAAGAAGCUGAAGCACAAGGGGAAUAAUCAUGAUCACAUGAAGAAUUAUAGUACUAGGCGAAGUUAUUCGACAUUUGAGGUGGUUGCGGGGUUCUUGUGGAGGUGUGUGAGUAAGGCACGCUACGCCGGGAAUAGUGACCAACCUACGAGGUUGUCGACUUUGGUUAAUUGUCGCAACCGAAUGAAACCACCCCUGAAUGGUUACGCAGGAAACGCAGCGUUUCCGACCGUGACGCUCACGUGUUCUUUUGGCGAAAUCAUGCAAAGGCCUUUGAGUUACGUAGCUGGGGAAGUUAGCGAUGCGAUUCAAAGGGUAACGGGGGAGUUUGUGGCGUCAGCGAUUGAUUACAUUUCGAAGGUGAAAGACAUGGAUUUGGUGAGGUAUAAUUUCCACUACCCUGCGCCAAGUGUGUGUAGGGGAUCCUACAAGGGAAACCCUAAUCUUUUUGUUGUGAGUUGGAUGAAUUUCUCGUAUAAGGAUGCGGAUUUUGGGUGGGGGAAGCCUUUGUAUUUUGGGCCAGGGUUCAUGGAUUCCGAAGGGAAGGCUUUUGUCAUGAAUAAGGCUAGUGGGGAUGGCAUUGUUGUCGCUAUUUCUUUGAAGGACUCUCACAUGGAAGCUUUCAAGAGAUUCUUCUAUGGUGAUAUCGAUGAGGAAUUUCGUAUUUCCAAAUUGUGAUCGAAAUAUGAAAUUUUACGGGGAUGCUUUCUUGCUUGCACUGUCUGCUUCGACUGAGUUGAUUUUUCAAAAUGGUAGACAAAUUGAUGUGUUCUACUUUUUUUAUAUUAUUAUUAAUAUUAUUUUAUUUAUCAAGC